AUGACUGGUGCCAAGUGCCUCUCCAAAGGGAGUGCUGCGCCCGGGCCUGUGCCAGCUGGCUCUAUCAGACUGUACAGCAUGAGGUUCUGUCCCUUUGCCCAGAGAACCCGACUGGUGCUGAACGCCAAAGGGAUCAAACAUGACAUCAUCAACAUCGACCUAACAGAUAAACCAGAAUGGUUCGUGGCGAAAAACCCCUUCGGUCAAGUGCCCAUCCUGGAAACAUCAGCGGGUGAGGUGAUAUACGAGUCUCCCAUAACCUGCGAGUACCUGGACGAGGUGUAUCCCCAGAAGAAGCUGCUUCCUGACACUCCGAUUGGGAAAGCUCAGCAUAAGAUGUUGUGGGAGAGGUUUUCGAAGGACUUUGUUGUGAAGAGGACCAAAUUCUUUGGCGGCGACUCUGUCGGCAUGAGCGAUUUCAUAAUGUGGCCGUGGUUUGAGAGGUUGGAAGCUUUCGGCUUGAAUGACUGCUUGGACGACACGCCUGAGCUGAAAGAGUGGAUGAAGCGCAUGCUAGAAGACCCGAUCGUCAAAGUUAGCGGGCACAGUGUGGAUACCUACAGAGCCUUCUUUAAAACACUCAUGGAUGACAAACCAAACUACGACUAUGGGCUGUAG